UUCAGUGGUGCUGUGGGUAGCACAUUCACCUCACAGCAUGAAGGUCGCUGGUUCAAGCCUCAGCUCGGUCAGUUGGCAUUUCUGUGUGGAGUUUGCAUGUUCUCCCCGUGUCCGUGUGGGUUGCCUCUGGGUGCUCCAGUUUCCUCCACAAGUCCAAAGACGUGGUACAGGUGAAUUGGGUAAGGUAAAAUUGACCGUAGCGUAUGUGUGUGAAUGAGAGUGGUGUGGUGUUCUUGUGUGUGAAGAAGAUGAAUGAAUAAACAUUAACAUGCAAAAACAAGGAAACUUUCUUCCUUGUAUAUUGAUAUUUGUUGGUGAAUUUGAUAUUCAGAGCCUCUGUUAGUUGUGGGAACUGAUGAUUCUCUUUAAUGCAGAAAAUAAAUUCAAUUUCAUGAACAGAGGCUUAAACUGCCUUGGAAUCAUAUAUCAUAACAGAGAUGAACCUAUGAAUCUUAACACUAUCAAUAUAUUAUUAGUGUCCUUCCUUACUUGAGGAUUUGUCUAAAAUACAAAAACAAAAUACAAGAGAAAUCCGUUUUGAACUAGCAAGGACUUACCUCAGGUCGAGUUUGCAACUUUGCAAACACACUUAAAGGGUGAAUUUCUGCCACCUGCUGGACUGGAGAGUGAAACGAACUGGAUAUUAGUGACACUGACAUCCAAUCCAUUCAAUAAACAAAUAAUUCUUCUAUUAAAUAAUUUUUUUUCCUUUAAUAAUCUUCAAAAUAUAAUAGUAUAUCUUCCACUGACUCUAGUACUCCACAUUUGUUACACUUUCCUUAUUGAUGAACGCUGUCUGGUUGAGCCCUAUAGCCACGCCCAUUCUCAUUUGUAAUCAGUAUAAAGCGAGAUCAGCUGGAGGGUUUGGUGUAUCUCUGAGGUGAGGAGUUUACUUUAAGAAAUCGGGCGGGUCAUACAUUUUGGGAGAUCAGUUUGGCUCGACAGCAGUUACUUUUGUGACUUUUUCUAGGUUUUAAAGGUUCUGAAUCGGUUCCAACUUGUGGCUGUGGUUUCCAAGUACAAUGAGGGAGUGCAUCUCUAUACACAUUGGUCAAGCAGGUAUCCAGAUGGGUAACUCCUGCUGGGAGCUGUAUUGUUUGGAGCAUGGUUUCCAGCCAGAUGGAACCAUCGUUGAUAGUAGCCGCUCAUUGGCUGACUCCAGUUUCGGCACUUUCUUCAGUGAAACUGGUGCAGGAAAAUAUGUUCCUCGAGCAGUCUUCAUUGAUCUGGAGCCAACUGUUGUCGAUGAGAUCCGUAAUGGCCAUUAUCGACAGCUGUAUCACCCUGAGCAGCUCAUCAGUGGAAAGGAGGAUGCUGCCAAUAAUUACGCUCGUGGCCACUAUACCAUCGGAAAGGAGAUCGUAGACUCUGUGCUUGAUCGCAUGCGCAAAAUGGCCGACCAGUGUACUGGUCUGCAGGGGUUUCUGAUCUUCCACAGUUUUGGUGGUGGAACAGGCUCUGGUUUCACAUCUCUGCUGAUGGAGCGACUGUCUGUCGAUUAUGGUAAAAAGUCAAAGUUGGAGUUCUCUGUGUAUCCUGCCCCGCAGGUCAGCACCGCUGUGGUGGAGCCCUACAACUCCAUUCUCACAACCCACACCACUCUUGAGCACUCUGACUGCUCUUUCAUGGUAGAUAAUGAAGCCAUCUUUGACAUCUGCAAGCGAAAUCUGGAUAUCGAGCGUCCUUCCUACACUAAUCUGAACCGGCUUAUUGCUCAGAUUGUGUCCUCCAUUACAGCAUCGCUGCGCUUCGAUGGGGCCCUAAAUGUGGACCUCACAGAGUUCCAGACCAAUCUGGUCCCUUACCCUCGCAUUCACUUUCCUCUGGUCACCUACUCUCCAAUCAUAUCAGCUGAGAAGGCGUACCACGAGCAACUCUCAGUACCAGAGAUCACCAAUGCCUGCUUUGAGCCAGCGAAUCAGAUGGUGAAAUGUGACCCUCGCCGCGGGAAAUACAUGGCCUGUUGUUUGCUUUAUCGUGGUGACGUAGUUCCUAAAGAUGUCAAUGCCGCCAUAGCCAACAUUAAGACACGCCGCUCCAUCCAGUUCGUAGACUGGUGUCCCACUGGGUUUAAGGUUGGGAUCAACUACCAGCCACCCACUGUUGUGCCCGGAGGAGAUCUGGCCAAGGUGCAGAGGGCUGUCUGCAUGUUGAGCAACACCACUGCCAUUGCAGAAGCAUGGGGCCGCUUGGACCACAAAUUUGACCUGAUGUACGCAAAGAGAGCUUUCGUGCACUGGUAUGUGGGUGAAGGGAUGGAGGAAGGAGAGUUCUCAGAGGCAAGAGAAGACAUGGCUGCCUUGGAGAAGGACUAUGAGGAGGUUGCAGCGGACUCCACUGAGGACUGUGGGGAGGAUGAAGAGGAGUAUUAAAUUAUUGCACUUGUAUUUUGAAUAAAUUUAUAAGCAUAAGAAAAUCUGUCUUUGGUUCUCAUUUCCUGACCU